UGUAACAUACAAUGUUUCUUUUAGAAUUUUCGUAAAACGGUUAUGUGGCUUGUUCAAUAAAAAAACUAAACCUUCGAUAUUUUUACAGAAUUGUUUUAUAAUCGUAUCUACAUAAAUAUAUUUUGUACAAUUAAGAUUUAAGUUGUUAUUUACUUUAAAGAUGUUUUUCAACUUUGUUGUGGAAAUUAGCCGAUAUAUUUUCGUUGCUACAUUGAAAGUAUGUUCGGUGUCAUUAAUUUCAAUCAUCUUGAUGACACAAGCACGUGCAAAUCCAAUACCGCACUGGAUGCAGCCUUGUAGGGGAUCCCUUGAUUCAAACCGGGAACUGCCUUUACAGUUACUAGAAACUAUUCUAAUUUCUGACAAUGAGUUGGCAAGGCAACUCGGGAUUAAAGCGGGAAAUGUAGAAGAUAAAGCGACUUCAGUCAGAGAUCAAAUGGCAGACGAACGAAUUCAAAGCACAGACUUACAAGAUUUUUUAGACGAAAAUACGACACUUCCCGGAUUUCCAGAUCAUAGAGCACUAAAUAUACGAACACGGUUCAUUGAAAGACUUCGGGAGGACUACAGAAGGGUUUCAGUAACCGCCAUAUUUGUUGAAGAAAUGCUCGCAGACGAAGAGCAUUCUGCUUACUCUCCAAGUUACACAAGUCACUUUAGACAUAUAGAGUCAAAGAUCUACCCGUUGUUAUGUCAACUGAAAAUGGCCAUAUUGAAUAAAGGAGCGCAGCUACCCCAUAUCAGUAACGACGUCAUGCAUACGUCAUUACGAAAUGUCGACACGCAUGCGCUGAGACAUAUGCGUGACUAUCGGAUUUUAAAAGAUAUUGUUCGACUGUUUCAUUCGAUUCAGGGUGAUUAUGGGAAUAUACAUGCAGAAGACCAAGUAAAUGUUCAAGUAGAAAAUCGAUGAAGAUUGCAGAGAAGGCGUCGUCUUUAUAUUGAAAGGUUGACAAUUGCUUGGUGCUUGAACAUGAUGAAUAGAUAUGACGUCUUUAUCAUACUUACCAGCUGUGAAUUAGCCAAUAAUCUGCAUGAUUCGUCAUCAAAAUGAUCACAUUGAAAGAAAUGACAUGCUUCCAUAGUAAAGCAGAGCAAGCACAAAGAAACAUUAAUUGAAAUUUAC